AAAGGGGGUCAACUUUAUUGUGAGGAGGUCAGGAGGACUGUGUCUGUGGCUGUGUCAGUGAAGCAAAUCGGCGAUGGAAGUGUCGUCGGCAAUAUCGGAGAUAAUAUUGGAGGAAUGGAGUGGUUCAUCUUCAACUAAACUCUCCAGAACUGCUACUAUAACUUCGUCUCCUUCACUCUGCAUCCAAAGAUCCGGGAACAGGUUCGACCAUGUUUGGCGGCGGGUUCUUCAGGCAUUUGUACCUGAGGGGUUUCCUAGUAGUGUUACUCCAGAUUAUGCCCCCUUUCAAAUGUGGGAUUCACUUCAGGGUCUUUCUACUUACAUACGGAUGAUGCUUUCCACCCAAGCUCUGCUGGGUGCAAUUGGGGUUGGUGAGAAAUCCGCCACCGUGAUUGGUGCCACCUUUCAGUGGUUCUUGAGGGACUUAACCGGAAUGCUGGGAGGUAUCUUAUUCACAUUUUAUCAGGGCUCAAAUCUGGAUAGCAAUGCUAAAAUGUGGCGCUUAGUUGCAGAUUUUAUGAAUGAUCUUGGAAUGUUGAUGGACCUUGUUUCGCCUUUGUUUCCAUCUGCUUUUGUGUUUGUUGUCUGUCUAGGAAGCCUGUCGAGAUCAUUCACUGGUGUUGCAAGUGGAGCAACUAGAGCUGCCUUGACACAACAUUUUGCUCUUCAGAGUAAUGCUGCAGAUAUAUCUGCCAAGGAAGGAAGUCAAGAAACAAUGGCAACAAUGAUUGGUAUGGCACUGGGCAUGCUUCUUGCUCGUGUGACUAUGGAGCACCCCUUAGCUAUUUGGUUUUCUUUUUUGUCUCUCACCAUGUUCCAUUUGUAUGCAAACUACAAGGCUGUCCGGUGCCUUGCAUUAAAUUCUUUGAACCCUGAGAGGUGCUCAAUACUUUUGCAGCAUUUUAUGAAAAUUGGCAAAGUUCUCUCUCCUGAACAGGUCUCUAAGAUAGAGCAUGUUUUACCCAUAUGGGCAUCUUCAUGGAGCUCAAAGAAGUCAGAGUUCAUGAAUGUAAAUAUAUCCUUAGGUGUCAGGGUCUCCUCAUUAAAUCACCUAGAACUGAGGGAGAUAUUGCAUUCUGUGGCCUCUCAUUACAAGAAAGCCAAGUACUUGCUGGUGGAACGGAAAGGAAUUGUCUGCAUUGUUAUGCAUAAAGAGUCUACUGCUGCAGAUGUCUUACAGUCAUUUUUUCAUGCACAUGCAAUGGCAAAUUUAAUGGAUAAUCACCGAAAUCUCCAUUCUGAAAGCCAAUCAUGGAUGGAUAAACACUAUGAAGCUUUCAUUCAGAAGUUAAAGUUAUCUGGAUGGAAAACAGAACGUCUUUUAUCUCCAAUGAUCAUUUGGAAGGCAAACUGGAUAUGUGGGUCUUCCGAUGGGAAGAUUGACUAGAUUAGUUGCCCUUAAUAGCCUUGAUCAAUCUGUUGAGAUCGCCAGACAGCAAUUUCACUGAUGCUCUCCCAUUGGAGGAAAUAAUUGGGGCUAACAGAAUGUUUAGAUUCUUGUUUAUUUUAUGAGCAGUGUAAACCUUGUAAUUUGUAACUUACAUAUAUCAACCUCAGCGAUCCAUAAUUAGAUUGUGCAAAUAGAAUCACCAUGUAUUAGUAAUCUGUUUGAGCAAGUUAUUUCCUGUCGAUCUGAUCAUAAAGUUAGGAGUUGGGCAAGUUAUUUCCGCCAAA